AUGGGCCUUUGUAUGUCCUGUUGUCGUAGGCGGCCUUCGCCUGAACGCGAUCCGCUGCUACCGAAGCAUACCCCGAGAGAACCGCCGCAUGCACGAGGACCUCUUCCGAUGACGCAGCUCGCGCGAGCUGCGGACGUACUUGCCGCCGUCAAAGCCGGAAAGCUUCCUAGCGAGGAGCAGCUCGCUCAUGCCCUACAACUCCUCCUGCGCUCUACUGUGUUAAAUCCAGAUUCCGAGGUUACAGACUACGGCGCGCUCAGCGACAUCGGUCGGGAGGCUAUCACGGACGUGAGGCGGGCCGUCGAAGCGAUCAUACAAUUCGGUUUGGAAAAGAAUGUCGACGACAAAAUACAAGAUUUUCUCUACCAGUGUCGUAUCAUGGAUUCCGUUCCAGUUCGCGCCGACAUCGCUGUCGACGCGGAUAGGAUGUCGGAAGAAGUGGAGCAAGUAGCAGUCCAGGAGCUACCGUCUGCAGACGAAGCCAGACAUGACGCAGAAGAUAUACUCAAUUCGCUGCGAUAUUUACUUCGUGUUACCGUCACCUCCAGGGCAUUCCGCGCACUUCUCUCAGAUGUCUGGCUUACAGCGAAGGAUAUGCUUGCAGACGUAGCGCGGGACGUCAGUCAGAUUGCGUCCCAAGUUCAAAGCACGGCCGACGAAGUAGAACACUCGAUACGACCAACCGACUCGCUUGGCCGCACGAGGGGGAAGGCACGAGAUGCUGGCGACGAAGAUAUCCAAGUCGCUAACCAAGACACCCUCACGGGAAAUCUUGACCGCGUGCAAGAGACCGUCUUAGCUCGCGCGCGAGAGAUUAUACGUCGUGCGCACAAUGACCCAAGUCUCCAUCGCGCUCUACAAACAAUCCUAGUUCUACUGCGCAAGUACGCUUCUAAGGCUGGUAGAACGUCGGACGCUCUGUCUGACACGGAGCUGCCAACCGUGACUCCGGUCGUGUGGGCCGAUCCGCCUCUGGCUGGUGCUCUCGAUGAUCUCAAAGUACUCCUUGAGCGAACAGCAUCUGGGCACUCUCUGGAUCUUGUCCUCCACUGCCUCUCCCUGGUUGCGACUGACGUCGCCCAUCUUCCUGCUGAUGUCAUCCACGACGAUGGAGGCCGACGCGAACUUGGGCAGUACUUCGGGCGUCUUUCGGCGUGGCUGGACAACGCCCUCAGCGACUCUCAGUACGCGUUCUCUUCAGAGGGCCAGCAAGACGCAAGUAGACUCUACGCAUCUGGUAGAGAGCUCAUCCAACGAGCCUCGGAAAGCCAUGCAGAAUGGCUCGAUCAUACCAGGAGUCUCAUGGAGACGCUUGACGCCUUUGUGUCCGCCAUACAAUCAGAUCGUACUACCCAACGGCUCAUGCAAUCGUUCGACGCCCUUUCUGCCGACUUCUCUCGCCUCAUCUCCGUGACUGCGAUAGAAGGUCCAGCACAAGUCCGAGAAACACGGCGGACAUGGCGGCAGCAGCUACAGCGCGAUGUCUUGGUUUGGCUGGUGCCUCGCGUCCUGCGUGUCGUCAAGGCCAUACCGAUGCCUAGGGUAGAGUAUACCAGCCCGUCGCUGGACGCUGCAGUGGACGCUCUCCUCGUUAGUGCAUCCGGGGCGGGCACUUCCGCGUCGGCAUCUCUCGUCCCGGAUCACAUACGUGUCGCGAACUACAGCGAGAUCCAGGUUCGAGUUGACGACGAAGGCCUGUCCGGGGCUCGCUCUCGAGUACCUGCAAGCGGAGGAGCAUCAGCGUACACGCGUACUAGGAUACACGCCGACGGCAUACGCGUCGCGGCGCGAGACAUCAGCUACUACGCCCACUACAAGGGCUGGCGCGAUCUCAUUGGGUAUGAAGACCAGGGACUCUUCAGUAUCGAUGUCGGCGAGCGGCAGGCUCGAGGGCAAGGGCUCAGCUUCGAUGUCGAGCUCGAGUUCGACGGUGUAUUCGAAGAUGGACGUGUGGCUUCUCAUACCACUGUCCCAGAAACCGACACGACGUCCGAGUCCAAGGACAGCUUGUUCCGUGUCACAGAUGUCAAGGUCGACGUUCCCGGCCUCCAUUUCUCUAUCGACAGGAGCAAACACUGGAUUCUCAACAAAAUGCUGCUGCAGCCGCUUGCUGGACCGGUCGUACGAACGGCGGCGAGCUACGUGCUCUCACAGCAGAUCAGGACCGCGCUCGAAACCCUUGGGCGGCUUGGCGCGCGUGUCAAGCGUAAGGCAGACGAACUGAGCGAUGCGCAAAGGUCUGGUGCUCGGGACACGUCGGCUCCGUCCCUCGAGAGCUACUGGCAGGCUAUACUGCAGGAAGUCGGCGGACCCAUGUCGAACGAAGACAGAUCAAGUGGCGAAGAAGGGGGGAGCGAGCAUGUGGAGACGCACACUACGGCGACGCUGAAGGGCGUAGUUCACACUACGGUCACCCAUCCCCCACCGGGAGCGUCACGGUCGCAAAUGCCGGAUGAAACCGUCCUCGCUGUCGGCGUCGCACCUCAGAUCCUACUGGGCAAAGGCGGGCCCGUUGAGGGCCCAAGCAAGGAUGAGUACGGAACGAGAGACAUGGCAAGAGAGGCACUCAGCGAGGUGCAGGGGCGUGCCGAGCAUGUCGAGGGCAACCUACAGGAGGCCGUCGAAGCCACCGUUCAGGUACGGGAGCAAGUGAAUGAAGCUGCAUAUAGCGCACAGAUCACGGAGAGAGUGGAGAAAGGGACUAUGGGCUGGAGAAGUCACGUAUUUGAUGUGUAG